AUGUCUGGCGUCAAAGAACAAGUGGAAGAACUUAGUAGAAAGGUCGAGGAUGUCCUUGAUAAAGUAGGUCAACCCUUGAAGCCAUACAUCCCAGCCAUGUCAAGACUUUUGAUUGUGGCUACUUUCAUCGAAGAUUCCAUGCGAAUCGUCAUGCAAUGGCAAGACCAACUCACCUUCAUGGAGCAAAGCAGACACUUUCCCUCUGGUUUGAGCCAUCUUUUCCUUGGUUUGAAUGUCAUUGUCAUGUUGGCAUCUUCUAUUGGUAUUGUUAUCAAAAAGCAUCAAACAUACGCUAUCUACGGCCUUAUGGGCGUUAUUGUAGCCCAAGCAUUUGGUUAUGGUUUGAUUUUCGACAUGUCCUUCUUUUUACGUAACUUAUCAGUGAUGGGUGGUUUGAUGAUGGUUCUGUCCGAAACAAUGGUGAAGCGCAAGCAAAUGUUUGCUGCUCUUCCUCAAAUCUCUGAAACGAAUCGUCGCAUGUACUUGCAGUUAGCUGGUCGCAUUCUCUUGAUCUUCCUUUUUAUCGGAUCUGCUUUCCAUGGCGAUUGGUCUAUCAUGCGUAUUGCUGUAUCUCUUCUUGGUUUGACUGCAUGUGUGAUGGUUGCUGUAGGCUUCAAGGCCAAAUGGUCUGCCAUGUUUUUGGUUCUCUUCUUGUCUGUUCUCAACAUAUUCGUCAACAACUUCUGGUCAGUUCAACACAGUUAUUAUAAGCGUGAUUUCUUGAGAUACGAUUUCUUCCAAUCUUUGAGUACAGUUGGUGGUUUCUUAUUGUUGGUUAGUACUGGACCUGGUGGUUUGAGUUAUGACGAAAAGAAGAAGGAAUACUAG